AUGCUCAUUCAAGAAUCCCACGUCGACGUGGAGACGUCAGUCAAUGGGCAGAAUGGCUCAAUGAGAAUCUUUCUUUUCCACCCGACUAUUCCUGGAUAUCCUCAAGCCAAAUUCCCUGGCGUCUGCCUCUUCAGUGAAAUCUACCAAGUCACUGGCCCUGUCGCGCGUUUCGCCCGCCAGAUCGCUGGCCAUGGGUACAUUGUCGCCGCGCCAUCUUCAUACCAUGACUUUGUUGGGCCCGAGCCCCUCAAGUACGAUGUCGAGGAUACGGAUAGGGGCAACCGCUUCAAGAUCGAAAAGACGCUCGAGUCCUACGACGAGGACUCUCGCAGGACCGUCGACUACCUCCUCACCCUGCCCACCUGCUCUGGCCGCAUCGGCUCCACGGGCAUGUGUCUAGGCGGCCAUCUCGCCGUCCGCGCCUCCCUCGACCCCCGCAUCACCGCCUGCGUCUCCUACUUCGCAACAGACAUCCACACCUCCUCGCUUGGCUCCCCAGCCUCCACCGCCGACCCGACCAUCUCCCUCUUCUCCUCCCUCACUCACGCCGAGUGCGCCAUGAUCUUCGGCGUCAAGGACACCCACGUCCCCGCUGAGGGCCGUGACCUCAUCCGCAAAGCCAUGCGUGACGCCGACGUCGUUGCCAGCUUCCACGAGUUCGCCUGGGCGCAGCACGCCUUCAUCCGGGACGAGCUUAGCAAGGGCAGAUAUGACCCCGCCGUGACAAAGGUCUGCUUCGAGAUUCUGCUGGAGCUGUUCACUAGAGUGCUCAAGACGGAUCUGGGGGCGCCGAUGGGGAAGGUGCCAGAGCCAGAGCAUGAUUGUUGAUCCAGGUUAAUGUAUCAGGAAUAGGCGCGAGAAAAUUGGUUGAAACAGCUUAACAGAUUGUCAUGAAUACUCAUGUAUACCUUUA